CACUGCAAGCCGAGUAAGGUGCACGAGCACAUGCUCCCAUAGCAGCCAUGCCCAGAAGGGAGCUGCUGGUGCUGGCGCUGAUGCUGGUAGCUCUUGCUGCUGCCGGUGGGGCAGAGCAGGAAGAGGGGAAUGGCUUGAGAAGGCCGACGUGUGGAGAGAUGUCUGAGCUGCAGGCCUGCCCCCUGCUGCACUUGCCCGUCUGCGGGAGCGAUGGGAACACCUAUGCCAAUGAGUGCUUGCUCUGUGUGCAGAAAAUGAAAACCAGGCAAGAUAUCCGGAUUUUGAAUGACGGGGAGUGUCAAGAUAUCUGAGCCUUCUGGUGGCUUUCUGGUGGCUUUCCUGAGCCAGGAAACAGGUGAUGCUGUAUGCUCCGUGUGCAUCACAUAUUUCAGUCGGUGAUGGUAAAUAAUAAAAUUGCAUACACAAUCUUA